AUGGUUUCGGUGGAUUUCCUCUCCAUAGGUGAAUUGUCGAAACAAAGAGUCAGUCCAAGCCUGAUAUUGUCUAGUAGGACACCCAAAGAGGAGAUGGUUGUCGAUGUCGAAAGCUUGGCGUUUUGCGUUGAUGUUUUUAGGAUUUCCACUUCUCGCAACUUUGUCUUUCUUCUCUCAAACAUCAUCACAAAGAUGACCUCCCCACCAACUCCAAGCCUAGGCUACGGAAACGAUACCGGCAAGGAGCUAUCAUUGGAUCAGCUCGUGAACAUACUCUGCACUCCCGCGAACUUCGAGGAUGGGGUGGUACCCACCAUUCUUGUGGUCCACGACCGUGGAACUAAGGGUGGUGAUGAAGAGAGACUGAGGGCACUGGGUGUCGAGAUAAACCGUACCUUUUGGCACGUCGUCGACACCCAGACGCUAGCACAAUACUUCAAGCCACACCCUUGCAAGGGUCGAAAGUGGUCUCUCGACCAGACCUUUGACCAGGUAUGCGGCCUUGGGCAGAUGACCACCCAGUCUGAAAUCACCCAGAAUCCCAACGACCGUCCACUGCACCAUAACGCACAAGACGAUGCAUGGGUGACAAGUGGUUCCAUGAUCUUUAUGGUAGAGACAAGAGCCACUGAGCUCGGGAUGUCGGUGAUGAACGGUCCCAAGGUAUACAUCCUUGGCCUUGACUUCGAGGGCGGAAAUGGGCCGACUACUGAGAUCGGUACCGCCGGUGUUUGCUCCAAGGGCGACGCGUAUCUCGCAAGGACGUUGCGCACCUCUCACACGAUCAUUUCCGAGUUCAUCGACAGACAUCCCCAUAAGCGUGCCCAAAAAGACAGGAUGGGGAUCAAUGAUGAGGACCCUGAAAACUACCCACGUUGGAAUGGUCAUAUGGGGGAUCUGGGAGUCACUAAACGCAUUCAACAACACAAAGGCAGGGAAUACAUGAUGUCCGCCUCGUCUGUGAUCAAGCCCCUCGAGAAGGCGAAGAAGGAUUUCUUCGACCUAUUCCCUGCACCACCAUCCACGUUGCAACUCUCAUCUAGAGCCUAUCAGCUUCCGAUCAGCGAUCCCCCUGCUGUCUUGGCUCGUGCGACUGCUGCUCGCGCAGCUAAGCUCGAGGCUAAGAGGGCCAGAGGCUGGCGCGAAGAUGGUGACAGAGCUCUUUGGAAUACUGAUCUCGAACAAACCAUUGUUGAAGGUCGUCGAUGGAUGCAUAGGCCUAUAUGGUCAAGAGGAAGCAUGUGGCUGCUCAGCACUUCGAGGCGGAGAGCAAGGCCUGCGUGGAGACGGCUGCCGGCUUAUCAGCGUGGCGUGGUCAUAGGAAAGGAGGCUCUCGUCACGGAGGCAAGUCACGGACAAGAACGAAUCGCGAGCGAUGAGAAGGAGAUUAAAGGUCAAUAG